AUGUCAGGAGCUUCAAGUGGAACAUCAGCUGUUCGAGGUAUAGGUCGAUUUGUGGGUGGUGUGCCAAAGCGAUGCUGGUGUGGGGAAGUUAUUGUGCCCAAAAUUUCAAAAUCCGACGGUAAUCCUUAUCGAAGAUAUUACCGCUUAUCAAUGACAACCACAUUUUCAAUUGAUGAGGCUCUUUUGAAUGAGAUUGAGGCUUUGGUGCUUAGAACUGGAAGACUUGAACAAGAGGUGAAAGAGCUUUUGUCAGUUUCUAUGGAUGAUAAGAAAAAAAUGUUUGAGAAGCUGGAGGUUAAGUUGGAGAAAGACAUUCUCGAAAAAGUGGAAGAAGUUCUUGUUGAAGCCAAAGCCGAGAUGAAGAAAAUGUUUUUCUUUGUGGGUUUAGGGUGUUUGAUCAUUGUAACUGAUUGUGUUGUGUUUGUGGACAAAUGA